GUCGGAGCUACACGUCUAGCUUUGUAUAUCUUCGAGUCGAUGCGGCGGCGUGGGGUCCUAGGUGCAGAAAAGUGCUUACAUCCGGUCUUCUUCAUAGGAGUAGAUGACGAGGCACCGAAGCCGAAACGGGACAGCACCAUUCAAGGAGUUGUCGUCCAACAAGAAGGACAGCAACGACAAGGACGAGAGGAAAUAGAAGAUGUGCCAGAUGUACCAGAAGCUCCUCCAGGACCUGGGCUACGACGAGGAGGAGGACAGUGCAGCAGGGAAGGCGAGGAAACUGUGAGGAAGCUGCUCAUGCCUCUACUGGACCCAGUUUACGGAAGGGAACCUACAGCAACUAUGAGUGUGGUUGAACUUGUGAGUCCAGACG